AUGAUUGAUAAUUUAUAUCCUUUACAACAACUUGCUCAAACUAUUAAUGAUAAUGCCCAGGGUAGUAACAACAGAGUUAAAGUUUUAGAUCCAUCAAUUAAGAAUCCAUUAAUUAUGGUAUCUAUUCAAGGUGAUGAAACAUUUAUUAAUGAUGCUAGACAUCAAAUUUUAAUUAAUUAUAAUCGUGUUGGUUAUAAAACUUUAACAUUAAAUGAAAUUGAAUUUAUGAAUAUUAAUGAAACAUUCACUGAUGAAAUGAUGAAAUUAUGUCAACGUUAUGAAGUUGAAAUUAUUAUUAAUAAUGAUAUUAAUUCUUUUGGUGGUGGUGAUGGUGGUAAACAGAAAAGUGCUACUACUAGAAAACUUGAAGAGGAACAAAUUUAUUCAAUUCAUAUUGUUGGUAAAUUAGAUAAUAUUACAUUUUGUGAAGCUUCCAUGAGAAUAUUAAUUGAUUCUAUAUUGAAUGGAUAUACUAUUGAUUGUAUCGAUAUGGAAUUAUCCAUGAUUCCAAUCCUUGGUGGUAUUGAUUUAUUUAAUUUCCAUCAAAUUGCUAAACAAACAAAAGCAAAUAUUUAUGUUCCUGAUUUAUUACCAAAUUUAUUCAAUUCACAAAUCAUUACUAACAAUAAAGAUUUAAAAAUUUGGAUUACGGCUAAAAAUAUAACGGAAUUAUUAUUAGCUAAAUUUAUUUUAAAUAAAUUGAUUCAGAAUAAUAAUAAUAAUAAUAAUAAUAAUCAACAACAACAACAACAACAUUUAAUUAUGGAAAAAAUUACCAUGAAUAAAAAUAAACUUGAUUUAAUGAUUUUAAAUAAUCAAAAAAAUUUAUUAAAUAUUAUGUUUAAAUAUGGAGUUUUCAUUCAAUUACCAAAUUUAGGUGAAUUAAAGAAUUCUACUAUAUUGGUUCAAGGUUGUAUUAAAGAAUCAGUUGAUGAUUGUGUUAGUGAUAUUAAUGGUAUUGCUACUGAUUAUUAUACUGUUGAUGUUGUCAGUCCAAGUAUUGUUAACAACGACAAAAUGGGAUUGAUUCAAUUAAUGCAACAAAAGAAAACUUGUAAUGUGGUUAUGAAUGAACAUGGAUUACAAUUCAAUGGACGUUCUGAUGAAAUUAAAUUGAUAUUGAAAAAUUUAGCAACUAAUGGUAAUGAUGUUGGUAAUGGUAAUACUUGUCUGGCAAUUAAAUUAAGAUUAGAGUUAGGAAAUGAUCAACGUGAUUUUAUUAGUGGUAAAAAGAAUGGUAAAUUGAUUAAAAUUUUAAAUCAAUUACAAAACAUUCCCAAAAUCAAUUUCCAAACUUUUAAUCAAUAUAAUUUUUAUAUUGAUAUUGAAGUAAAUUCUUCUUCUCAAUCAGUGGUAUUGAUUUUGAAAACUUUGGAUUUAUUAGAAUUGGAAUUACCUCUGGAAUUAAAAUUUAAUAUCCCAGAAGUUUUCCACAAAUCAAUUAUUGGUAAUGGUGGAUCAAUAAUUCAAUCAAUUAUGAAAAAAUAUAAUGUAUUCAUUAAAUUUUCUUCAACGAAAAUAUCUUCAAAUAAUACUAAUAAUGUUUAUUCAUUGAAAAGAACUAAUAAUGUUUUAAUUAAAUGUCCUAAGAAAAAUUCUAAAAAUAUUAAAUUGGUGAAAUAUGAGAUUGAUCAAUUAGUUUAUAAAUGUUGUAUGAAUGAUUCAUCAAUGAAUCCAAUUAUACCAAUUACAACUGUUUAUCAUUCAAUUAAAUUUCAAUUAUUGAAAAGUCAUUAUCUUAUGCUUAUUAAUAAUAAUAAAUUGGGACAAAUUACUAAACUUGAAAAUGAUUAUCAAUCAUUUAUUAAUUUCCCUUCAUCAAUUGAAGAUUUUAAAACUAGUGAUAAUAAAUUAUUAAUUGAUAUGAAAGGAUCAGAAUCAAAAGUUAAACAUUGUGCUAAACAAUUGAAGAAAAUUUUACCAAAUAAUUAUGAAUUUAAAGUGACUUUUAAUCCAAAUAAAUUUAAUGAUACAUUUGUGAUUAAUAAACAAGAUUUUGAAAAUCAAAUUGUUAUUCCAUUUAAAAUUUUAUCGGGGAUUGAAAUUAUAGCUAAUGAAACCCCAAUUGAAUCAAACAGCAAUACUACUACAACUACUACUACUAAUGAGCAAUAUCAUCAAUUUAUUUUAUCUUAUUUUAAUGAAAAUGAACAACAGGACAACAUUAAUUUAGAUAAGGCAAUUGUUUCAUUAACAUUAUUUUUAAGAGAACGAGGAUUUUUAAUUAAUGAAAAAAGAGAAAUGGAAUUCAAUCCAUUAAUUGAACCAGUGGUAUCAUCAUCACCAGUUAAAUUACAACAAUCAUUAUUUAAUCCAAUUUCUCCAUUACCUUUACAAUCAAUUACUAAUUUCAUUGAUAUGAGAACAGCAACACCACAAAAAGGAUCAGUAUCUCCUAAAAAGAAUUCAGGUCAAUUACAACUGCCAGUUAAAUUACAAUUUCUGCCAAAUAAAUCAAACAACCAUAACAAUAGAGGUGGUCGUCAACAUCAAAGAAAUCAAUCACUUUGUCUGCCAGUUAAACAACAACAAGUCUACUAUGUUCUGCCAGUUAAACAACAACAAGCCUACUAUGUUCUGCCAACUAAACAACAACAACAACAACAGCAAGGAUACUAUCUGCCAACAAAACAACAACAAUUUCUGCCAUCGAAAAUGCAACAAUAUCAAUAUCAACAACAAUAUCAAUAUAGUCCUAUAAAACAACCAAAUUUCCAACAAUUUUAUAUUCCAUCACCAACAGAAACUCUUGUUCCAACUACUCCUACUACUACAAGAACUAGAAGUACAGCCAAUACAAUGACUCCUUAUAUUUAUAGUAUUUAG